UUUCUCUGUUCUUAUGCUUUUGCCUGAGCCAUUUCAAACUGUGCAUUGAAUAUCAUUGCAUGCUGAAUUAUAAUUGUUCUCUUGUCGAUAGGUUUACUAUGUGUACGGCUUCAUGCUUCUCGUGUUUGUAAUCCUGAUAAUCGUCACUGUUUGCGUUACAAUUGUGGGGACUUACUUCCUGCUGAAUGCUGAGAAUUACCACUGGCAAUGGACUUCGUUCUUCUCCGCGGCCUCGACUGCUCUCUAUGUAUACUUCUAUUCAGUAUAUUACUACCACGUGAAGACCAAGAUGUCGGGCUUCUUCCAGACGAGCUUCUAUUUUGGAUACACUCUGAUGUUCUGUCUUGGUCUUGGAAUACUAUGUGGCGCGGUUGGAUUUUUAGGCUCCAACUUGUUUGUCAGGAGAAUUUACAGGAACAUAAAGUGUGACUAAAAUUCUAUGAUAUAUUAUAUACAGAAGAGUAAUUUGGUUCGAUUGUUGCAGCGUAUAAGUUAAUGUCGAUGGGGGAGACGAGGAAAGAGAGUUGGAGAAAAGUUGAAUCUUUUUGUAGCGUUGGAUUAAUUUAUGUUACAGCUUUUGGCUUUAGAGACUUGGGAUAUUGUUGAUUAGAAAAGAACUCUGUUUUGCACACUCCCAUUUACAUCAAUAUUUGUAGUUGUAAAUCGCAUGCCUUGGAGGGGCAUUUGUUACUUGAUGAUUCGGUUUUCAUGAACUUCGAUUUUGGUUGCUAUAGAUGAUUUUUAAUCCGACUGAGUGCGAGCAAAAGAAAUAAUACUUUUUGGCAUUUGCUUGAAAUGUGAUAUUUGCCACAAUGCUUAUCGGAUGAAUUACAAAUUAGCUCGGUUAUCUUGUAACUAGUGAUCGACAUGUGGUUUGAUUAGAUAGGUUCGUGUAAUUUGAAGAAGGAAGAAUGACUGGAGUGUUUCUUCAAGUUUUGCAGGCUUCCGCGUGCAACUCUUGUUCAGAUUCAAUUAGGUAUAUGAUUACAUGUUCAACACACACUGGGUGUGUAGAAUGGCUUAUUCCGUGUGAAGGUAGAUUAGCAUAACAAUGUAUUCUGUGCAAUAAAAUAUUCUCAUGUGAAAAAUAAAAAAUACUCAUAAUUACGUAAAUGGC